AUGACAGAAAUAAACAAAUAUGAGUCCAUCAUUACUAUUCUAAAAAAUUUGAACAAUCCUAAACUUGCUUCACAAUAUGAAUAGCAACUCAAUCGUCUACCCUUCUUCAGCUUUUACAAAUAAGUCUUGAAAACAGACACAUUCACUCAAAGUGCAUUCAAGUACAGCUAACUUCUCUACUUGAAAAAAGGAUAAGUCUAUAAGCAUUAAGCCGACUCCGUUGAAAGUGUGUUAAUACUGCUUGAAGGGUCAAUGUCUUUGAUUAAAACUGAUCAGAAGAAGCAAAAACUUGUUACUAAAUUAUAACCACCAGAACACCUUUUUCAAGCAGAGAUAUAUAAAAAGAAUGCCUUUUCUAAAUACAAAAUAAUGGCCCUCACUGAUUGCACAGCUAUCUCAUUAAGUUUCAUUUCAAUCCAUGAGAUAUCGGUCUAUGGAUUCUAAUUUGCAAAAUACAAAGAAGAAGUGGAUUAUUUUAGAAUACAAUUUCCAGAUAUUAAGCCAAUUGAGUUUAUUCCAUUUAUCAAGAAAUUGAAGAAGGAAAACUUUUUGAAUAAUGUAAAAAUUUAUUCAGCCAAUCAAUCUGCCAAUAAAGUCUAUUUUAUCAUCUCUGGAGAAGUGGAAAUUUAUGCUGAAAAUGAGGAUGGCAAACUCCAGAGAGUUACUAUAGCAUGUGACAAUGACAGUUUUGGAGAAGAAGCAUUCUCGAGUUCUGUCCCCAGAUUAUACAAAUAUACAGCAAAGACCUAAUAUUUUAAGAAGACAACUGCUUUUGUUUUCGAAGUAAAAAUUAAAUUGUAUUAGAUUGAUGAUUAUUGCCACACUUACGCCCCCAAUCUCAUUAAGCAACUGGAGGACAAAAUGAAACUCAAGGAAAAUCUCAUUCUUUAGAAAAUCAAAUAGACACAAACUCAAACGAGCACUUUGCCCACGAUAAUUCAUGGAUCUCUCAAAAAACCCUUUGAACAAUUCUUGCACAUUGCAUCACCCAGAUCGAAGGCAUCAUCCAUAAAAAUCAAUAGGGCCAUCAGUCUCAAUGAUGGAGGGUUGUUCAAUUUCAUGGAACUCAACAAUCCAGGGAAAAAUCAUUUGAGACUGUUCGAAUAGCAUGUGAAUCGAUAGUUAAUCAAGGAGAGACACGAAGAACAUGGGAGUUUGUCGAGAGACAGAACGAAGUCGGUGGAAUUCUAGAAGUUGUGGAGUCUAAAUUAGGAUUCUAAGAAACUACCUCAAAUUAAAUAACAUUGA